UAUGCAUGACAGAUAAUCUAUUAUCUAUGAGUAGACACAGGAUUCAUGCACUUCUGGUAGACACAUGUAUACAGUGAAGGCAAUGAAUAUUUAUUAGAUCUAUCAAGAAUCAUAGCAAUAAUCUGGGCGAGCCAGUAACACAAGAAAGAUAAAGCUAUAUAGCCUGAGCUGCUUUACUACUACUAGGUACUACUACUAGGUACGUAGGUGGCGAUGGCUAGCAAAGGAAUCAAGAUAUAUAAGAAGAAGAAGGAUGAGGACGAACUACUCACUAAACUACACACUGCGGAGACUGCCUGCCAUGUGGUGAAAUAUCUGAAGAGGGGCAUUUGGCCUGAGCAACUCAACCGUGAGGGGGAUGCCCCUCUUCAUUACUACAUUAAACGUAGAGACAAGCACAGAUUCGAUUGCCUCAUGGCUUUCCUCAUCCACUCAACAUCCAUCAUAGACCUAGUGAACAACGAUGGAAUGACAGCUCUGCACUUGUCGUGUGAGAAAAAUGACCUCCUCUCAACCAAAGCACUCAUUGCCUUUGAUGCUGAUCUCAACUUGAUUAACUAUGAGAAUUGCACACCACUGGACAUUGUGAUUGGUAGCUUCAAAUCCGUAUCUGACAUCCCUCAACUGUUGAUUGGCCUAGGAGGCAGACAUGCCACUGAUAUUAGGUCACUACAAAUACAGGAUUCGGAAUAUCAAGAAAACCCAAUGGCUUCCUAUUUUACGGCUCCAGAAGAGGUAUCUUCAGAAAUAGAAGAACCUAACCAAACCAUCAGAACGCGUUUUGGACUGGACAUGCAACUAUUGUCGAUAAGGAGUCAAGACGAUUUCCUAUCACAUGAUAGUGAUGUAAUGCCUGCCGUGUAUUUUAGUGGUGGUCUGGAGUUCCAUGAUGGUCGACGUGAGAGCCAGGACCCAGAGCAAGAUCCAGAGCCGACAAGUACGCCAUUGGAGAGCCUAGCUGAAGAGGAAGAGACACCUCCUCCUCUGCAGCAGCCGCCUACCCCCAAGCCUCGCACUCACUACCCCAACCCCACCCCACUCACACACCCUACCACAGAGGAAGAGACACCUCCUCCCCCUCCUCUGCGGCAACCGCCUACCCCCAAGCCUCGCACUCACUACCCCACCCCAGAGGCCAGCAUCGAGAUGGCCAUCACUGAAGCUUCAGUAAUAUUGGCCAAAGGGAAGGUGGAGGAUCUGCUCACUCCCGAGAGCUCUGUCAUACUCAGACAAACUAAUUUCCUGAAUACCAGCCCUCGGUCCGUGAGUCCAGUCUCCCUUAUUGAGAGCAGUGUGGAGGCGGAGGAAUUACCCACUCCCACCCAACCAACGCAAGAGGAGCUAGCUAAGGCCUACACAGAGAUGUACUCCCCCAAGAUCAACCUAGGUCUAGCCGGGACCUCUUAUCAGCGCGUGACAAAUCCCAUGUCCCUGGAGCACCCGGAUGAGUCCAGGGACACUGUACCACACGUCACCUUUGCACCCUGUCCAGAGAGGUCUCAUAGUCCCCUCUCUGAUGUCAUACAAGUAAAUGGAGACCACUAUAGACAGUUACAGAAGAAAACGAUCGAGAAGCUUGAGGAAGCUGUAGACUCACUCUACAGUGAUGGUAAUGAGGGUUACGCUGCCUGGCUUCAAUGGAGGGAGAUGGUGAGGGCGAAAAAACGAAAAGAGGAGAUACGAAAGGAGCUGAACCUUGGAGAUGAUUACGUGGACUUCCCCGAGCCACAGAAACCCCCUCCAAAGCCCCCCACAGCACGACGUGAGAAUGUCCCCCAGAAACACAAACGACCGGCACAGUCUCGACAGUGGCACUUCGUACGGCAGAGCAGUGGAGGCGGGGCUAGCCUGAGCGUGAUGAAGAGUUUGCGUAACCCCCGCGUGAGUGUAAUGAAAAGCAUACUCGGCUCCAGUGUGGCUCCGUUCAUGCAUAGCAAGAAUAAAGGAGAUAGAGUACUGUGUCUGGAUGGUGGAGGGAUUAAGGGGCUGAUUCAAAUUGAGAUAUUGAAGCAUAUUGAGGCGCUUACCGGUAAGCGCAUUGUUGAGCUGUUUGAUUGGAUUGUGGGCACUUCCACUGGAGCAGUGCUGGCUCUGGGACUGGUGUAUGGUGGUCGCACUCUUGAUGAAAUGAAGAGAAUGUUCUUUGAGCUUAAAGACAAUGUGUUCAAGAAACAGAGCAAGUUGAUCCCGACGGCCUGUGACACGGACGCACUCGAGGAGCUACUCAAGAAGAAUCUCGGGGAGCACAUAAAGAUGCGGAGUGUCACCAAACCAAAGGUACUGGUGACAGCUGUGGACAAGAGAACUACCAAACUUCCUCUGGUCUUCUUCAACAACUGCUUUGAUGACGACUUCACAGAGCAACACGUGUGGAAGGUGGGCAGGUACACAAGCGCCGCUCCCAUGUACUUCAAAGAGCUGGACAACUAUGUUGACGGAGGUGUGGUGGCCAACAACCCCUGUCAGUACGCACUCACGAGAAUACAGAGAUUCCUAAGGGACCAAAAUUCAAGUGAUGUGAAACCCCCAGCCGCUAAAUCCAAAAAACCCAAGACCCCUCGACUGAGGUGUGUGCUGUCCAUCGGAUGUGGAGUGUUUCCCCCUGAGCCGAUUGGGAACACUGACAUUUUGGAGGCUAUGAAGAUUCACAAACUUCAUCAAGCCCCCCAAAAACUGGCUCACCUGGUCACUAUGCUAACGUCCACUUUAUCUAAGUCGGAGGAUGUUGCUGAGCAGUGUCAGAAUAGUUGUGAGGAGCAAGAGAUCCCCUUCUACCGAUUCAACCCAAAACUGGGAGAAAGUGUCAAAACUGAUGAAACUGACAAUGAAAAACUUUGUGACCUCAUCAUAGGUGCUAAGAGACUACUGUGUGACAGUGAAGAUCACUUGUCCAAACUCUCCCAACAUCUCAAAAACGAGGAUUAGAUCACAUGACGUGUAUUGUCCAAGCCAUGCAAACUUUUUUACUCUAGGAGUUAAUGUCGUUUGUGAUAAAUAAUAGGUGUAUUGUGUGAUGUUCGAGUGAUGCCAUGUUGUAAAACAACAAUCACUGGCAGUUUUCAUAAUUAUCAUGCAUGUUUUUAUGUGAACAA